AUGCCUAGGUCCCGUCGCUCAGCUUCAGUUGCAUCCCGCCAAUCCAGCGACGACGAACUUCUCCUGCGGUCGUCGGUCUCCGCCAGCGGCGAUACCGACAGCGUAGUUGAAACAACGGACGCCGAGACUACGGACGCCGAGAGUACGGAUGAAGAGACACGCCGCCUCCGCGCGCUGUUCAGCCCCUUUCGUCCUUCCGAUAGCGAGGACGACAUCAUGUACACCAAUCCCCGUCCUGCAUCCGAGUUUUUUCACGAGCAGCGUCUCGAGUUCCUCGUAUCGCAGAUUCCCGAAUACGAACAUGCGUGCGAGUUGGGCGGUCCCGAGUUAUUCAUUCGCCGCGUCUACGAGGCUUAUAUUCAGCGUUGGCCUGAAGACCACCGCCGUCUGCGCCAGUUCAAAUCCGACUACUACUAUCGCGCGGACGGACGCAGGAGCGGGCCGUGUUCCGCCGUGUGCAGCCGUAUCAAGGCUUGGUUUAUGAACUUAGACAUCUAG